AUGACCGAGGUCGCCGAGUUCGCGCAGCUGGCCUUCCUCUCCGCGGUCGACAAUGGGGAGGUCGACGGCCAAGACAUCCGGAAGGGCCUGGACAUCCUCUUGACGUGCAUGGUCGACGCCGGCGGGAAGCUCAAGAAGGUGCAGGCGCCGACGCCGCAGGUCAUUCCGCUCAGCGCACUGCGCAAGGGAAGCCUUGUGCGCCCCAAGGCCAUCAAGCAGGUCCCGACCAUGAACCCGAUCCUCGCGCGCCUCGCCGCGAAGAAGCAGCGCAAGGUCUGCGGGUACAUUUUCAAAGCCGAUGAGAUGGCGUACAGCUGCCGCGACUGCCAGCACGACUCGACGUGCGUCAUGUGCCAAGCGUGCUUUGCCGACAGCAACCACGACGGCCACGACGUCUCGUUCCAGCGCACGUCGGCCGGCGGAUGCUGCGACUGCGGCGACACGGAGGCGUGGGCGAAAGACGGCUUUUGCCACAAGCACCCGGGCCGCGACGCGUCCAUAUCGAAACCCCUCGUGCUCCCAAAGGGCAUGCAAGAGGUGGCUGCGCCGCUCAUCAACACGGUCGUCCAGUACGUCCAUGAUGUCUUGGUCAUGGCCGAAGACUCGGUCGAGAUUACGACCGUCAUGCGCGAGCUCUGCGCGAUGGUGCCUCCUCCGGAUCGUAUUUCGUGGAAGGACUCGGACGACGCGCGCGAAGCCGCUAACACAAAGACGCGCGCGGAGCGGGAAGCGGCGCCGCCCGCGACCGAGUACGACGUGCGGCUCCACAGCGACGACGUCCAUCCGUUCCAGGACGUGGUCAAAGCCAUUCGCACGCACUUUAACGUGUCCAAGUCCAAGGCGAUUGGCAUUGCGAAUCACUCGGACGCGGAAGGCUGCUCGAUCGUGUCGACGACCAACUCGCUCCGGUACGCGACGCACCUCGUGCACGCGAUGGACGGCUACACGCUCAGCGUCGCGCCGGUCCGGCACUCGAACCACAUGCGGCACCUCGACGACAUUCUCGACUGGCUGCGACAACUCUGCGAGGUCUCGGACGGGCUCGCGCAGCUCGUGAGCCACGCGAUCGCGUCACCACGCGGCGCCGUGGCACCCGACACGCUAUUUUCGACGCUCUCGCUCGAUGCGACACUCGAGAGCUUUCUCAAGACGCACCCGAUCAACGCCGAUGCGGUCUCGUUCUUGACGACCAUGUUUCCGACGCAGACGCCGCUCUCGACGUGGAUCCCGCCGUUUGACGAGCAGUCGCUCGUCGCCACGUACCUCGCCGAAAUGGCACCGCACACAGCCAGCGUGCCGCCGCCGCGGGCGCCGACGUCGACGCUGACGUCGCUCGUGCGCAACUAUGCGCUCCUCAACAAGCCCGCGUCCCAGAAGCUCAACCGACUUUUCCACGAGCUCAUUCUGAACCAGCACCUCAAGCCGACGAUGAUGGACGCGUUCGUCUCGUCGUAUUUGCACAACACGAGCUCGUACCUCCAAGGCCUCGGCGCGUCGAGCGACAGCAUUUUUGACUUUGCGACGCAACUGUUGACCGUGCCGUCGCUCCUCGUGCCCUACAUGGGCGGCGCCAACUCGAUCGUCGCCAUCUUGCUCUCUGCGCUCGCUUCCGUGCUCGAAACCUCGACCAAGCGCGUGACGCUCGGAAGCGGUGUGGUCGGCACGCUCUUUCAGCCGGAAAACCCCGCGAUCUCGCACUCAAAAUACAAGCACGCGGCCGACAACCUUGAAUUUGCGCUCGGCAAUGGGACCGCCGCCGAUCUCAUUUGCCACACGGGGCACUUUGAGCAGUGGCUGCACUGCCUCGGACUUCUCCAGAACGCGGACGCACAGAUCCGUCGGGGCCGCCACGAACCCCAUGUCGAGUACGAGUCGGACAGCUGGUUUUCGACGUUCAACCUCGGCAUCAAGAUGCACGCGCUCUUCCCGCUAAUUCUACAGGGCCUUACCUCGACGGCCGUCGCGUCGGUGGGCACGUCGCUUUCGGAGCUCAUGGCGGCCUCGGUGGCCGAGAUCAAGCGCGUCACGCUCGAGCAGUCGGUCGUGCACGCCAAGGUGCUGCCCGGCGGCACGCCCGGCACGGACUACUGUCUGCGCCUCGAAGACGCCAACGGCGUGUGGCGCGACGCAGCGUCGCUGCACAUUCCCCUCCAUCGGUUUGUGGCAGCGUUUCUCAAGCACGUGCUGUACGUGCAAAAGAAUGACCGCUUUGACGUGUCCAACUGGACCACCCUCCUCGGCCUCGACGCGCUCUCGCCCGACGACGUGCUCUUGCUGCUGGACGCGCCACUCAAGUGCCUCGUCAUGUCGAGCCAGAUCCAGAGCAACCUCUGGCGCCGGAAUGGGGACGAAAACAUGAUUACGCAGCUCUUCAACUACUCUGCGCUGCCGUACUGCGUCAACUACCGCGAUUCGGACCUUUUCAUGCUGCAAGUGGGCAUUGCGCUCCUCGGGCCCGAGCCGAUGCUGCAGCUGCUGCUGGACCGCUUCCAUUUGGCGUCGUUUUUCCACUUGGCCGACACGACGGGACUCGAACCCGCGCUCGCGUACGACGACGACCAGAACAUGCACAUGGUCGAAGAGCUCCUCCGGCUUUUGAUUGUGCUCGCGACCAACGUGCCGUCGUCGACGGGCGCCGCGUUUGAAGAAGCGUUCUUGUCGAACGAGCUGCUCCACCACCUCAUGGUCAAGUUUUCGUCGUUUUCCGAGCUGAGCGAGAACAUGGCGCUGCCGCUCGGCGGGCAAGAGACGAUCUCGGCCGCGCGCCUCGAGCCCGUCUUGACCAAGCUCUCGACGUUUGUGCCGCCCAACGGCAUGGAGCCUGGCAAGUACGAGCUCUUGCCUCAGUACAUGGCGCAGUGCAAUCCGUACCACGUGCAUUUGAACCGCGAGCUGCACGAGCAGGCGCGGGACCGGUGCGCGUCGUGGCGCACGUCGCAGCCGCCCAACGCGCCGCCGCUGGUGCUGCCACCGCCGCCCUUGCCCGUGUUUGCGUCCGUGCCGACGAUCCUCACGACGCCGAGCACGAUGAAGCUCUUGCAGCAGCUCCUCGAGACGAUGGACGCCACCAACGUCUCGGAGACGGUCGUUUCCAUGACGCUCGACGUGCUCGUGUUUGGCGUGCAGAUGGCGAUGCGCGCGGACGACGACGGCUUUUGGCGCUUGCUGCAGCCGCUGUUGCCGACCUUUCUCAAGUGCCAGCAAAACCCCGACGCGCUCGACAAGGAGCAGCACGAAGUCCUCGAUUGGAUUUUGACUGCGAUCAAAACGCACAGUUCGCUCUGCGCGGCCGCGCUGCAGCAAGCAACGCCGUGCGAAGCGACGAAAGCGGGUGCCAACGAACUCUCGCUGCAGGAGCGAAAGGAGCAGGCCAAGCAGCGCGCGAUGGCGGCGAUGGCGCGGCAACAAGCCACGUUUUCGCAAAUGAUGGGCAGACGGUCGAAAAACUGCUGCAUUUUGUGCCACGAGAGCUCCAAGCCCGACGAGAUGGGCAUGGUGGGUUUUGUGCACCAGUCGACGGUGCUCUCGAAUACGUUCCGGCCGCACCCGGACGAUGCGCUGACACCGUCGGCGAAAGCGACGCGCAAGGACAUUGGGUCGCUCAUCGAGCACAUGAAGCUCGUGAGCUACCCGGAGGAUGGCCCGGCUCUCUUUGCCGUGCGCGACCACCCGGCCCCUGGGCGGCGCAUGGCGUUUGCCGACCUCUUUUGGGACAUGGAGGACGACGACGAGGGCGAAGACGACGAGGGCGACGACGAUGGCGAAGAGGGCGUGCGCGAGUCGGACGACAUGGACGGAGGUCGUCGCCCGCGCGCGGGCACCUCGGACAUGGAAAGCGGCGGCGAAGGGCCACCGAUGGUGCUGCCCUUGGAUGUUGACGACGCGGCGUCACCGGCACUCGGCCCGAUGCACGUCGACGGCGACGCGCCCGUGGCGAACGCGCUGGGCGGCGUCAUCCAGCAAGCGCUGCGACGUAUCCCGGUGCCGCGCCGGCGCCAGUAUCGAUUCCAUACGCGAAGCUCGACGAGUACGACGAGUGGCCUCGCGUUUGUUCCGUGCGGGCUCUUUGCGCGGACGUGCCAGCACACGGUGCACAUGCGCUGCCUCGACACGUACAUUCGCACGCUGCACGAGAAGGCGCUGCGCGGCGAAGAGUUUGACGGGAUGCAGGCCGUGGACGGGGACGCCAACAUGACGCAGUUUCUCUGCCCGCUCUGCAAGACGCUGUGCAAUAUCUUGCUGCCGGUGGUCGCGGCCGAGGCGCCGCCGCCGGCGCGGUCGCUCGCACCGUGGUACCGGAUUGUCGAGAACACGUCGCGGCAGUGGCACCGGUGGUUUCGACCCACGUCGCACCCGAUGACCGAGUCGGACGAAGUGUUUGACGUGUGGAAAGGGUACUUUGAAGAGGUGCUCUGGGAGCCCCACGGCAGCUUUGAGAAGGGCGCGCCGUUCUUGUGGUCGGCCUGCGCCUACACGAUCGCGGCCACGCUCCUCGACGUCGAGGCCGACGACGCGCCGUUUGACAUUAUGGGCGACGCGUGGCCCGUGGCGCUCGAGAAAGAGCUCUCGUCGCUCUCGGCUGUCGCCAAGUUUGCGCGCUGGUCGUUUUCGAUGGUGCAGUUUACAGCCGACUCGAAAGUCAUUUACGAGACGGUCAAGCGCUGCUGCCCCGUCGAGCGCGAAUCCAAGCGCGAGUACAACAAGUUUACCAAGAUGAUUGGCAGCAUUGACGCGUGCAUUCGCGGAACCAUCCUCGGCCUCUUGGUGGCCGACACGUUUACGGCGUUUGUGGUCGCCAGCGUCGUGGCGGCAAACACGGCUACGAUCGCCGAGAUGGUUCCUGUCUUUGGCGUUGCCGACUACCUGCAGCGCUUUCUGGACGCGUUCUUCGUCCAAGAAAAGCUCAAGGCCGUGAGCCUGUACCACGACGUGUCGACGUUGCACGAAAGCAACGCGGUAGCAGCGACGAGCUCGCGCGUGCACAACACGCGGCACCAGUCGGCCGCGUCGAUCAAGACGGUCGAAGCCGCGACACACAAAAAGACGCUGGCCAAGCUCGCCAAGUGGGAGGCCAAAGCACUGGAAGACGACGACGUCAAGGGCGCGCUGUGUCUGAUUCGGCGCAUGUGCGAGCUCGAACCGCUGCUUCGGCUCUCGGCGCUCGGCGACUUCAAGUCGUUUACGUCCACCUUGGCCACGAUUCGCACGUCCAACCGGUUGCUGGAGCGCCGCAUGCAACUCUACUACUGCUGCCUCGUCGGCAAGGACGAGUCGGUGGUCGCGCCGUCGCUGCGCGAGGUGGCCGAGAGCCCGAAAGAGGCGCUCGCGACCGUCUGGCAGUGGUGCGUGACGCGCAAGGCCAGCCAAGCUGAGCUCGGGGCGGCCUCCCAGGACGCGCAGCGCCGCUGCGAGCACGCCGACCACAUGAGCGAGGCGUAUGUGGCCAACAUGUUUAUCAUCCGCGACCAGGCGACGCCGCUGCAGCUGAUUGCGCUGCCCACGCAGUACGACGAGCUGUACAGCCACCAUGUGCACCAAGUGUGCGCGCGCUGCAACCGCGUGCCGCGGGAACCGGGCCUGUGUCUUGUCUGCGGCGUGCUCCUCUGCUGCGGCGAGUCGUGCUGCUCGUACUGCGGCGGCGGCCUCGGCCUUGUGCUCAUGCUGCAGCAGUGCCGGGUCGUGCUCCUCGGCGGCUCGAUGGUGGCCUACUUUCCGUGCCCGUACGUGGACGCGCACGGGGAGGAGGACCAAGGGCUCCAGCGCGGCCGCCCGCUCAAGCUCGACCGCAGCCGGUACGCACUUUUGCAGACGCUCUGGCGCAGCCACCAUCUCUUCCCUGAAGUCUCGCGCCUGCGCAACCAGCGCGAGAGCCAGCAGCCCAUCAACUUAACCUACAUUUAA